CACUUUUUCCCUCUCUCUCUCCCUCUGCAUCCUCUUGUCUCUCCUCCUCACCCUUUCCAUCUCUUCCUCCCUUGUCCUUCACUCCUCUCCAGCUGCCAGAAGCUCGCAGGCUCGGCGCCCCUGACAAUCCAGCCACUGACAAUUCAGAAGCACCCCGGACAAAGACCUCGCCACAGAAGCCAAGAUGGCAAUGAGCAGCAUCCUCAACGCCGAUGACAUCAAGAAAGCUCUCGACGCAUUUGCAGUUGCCGACUCUUUCGACCACAAGAAGUUCUUCGAGAUCGUUGGUCUGAAGUCCAAAUCCCCCAGCGACGUGAAGAAGGUCUUCACGGUGCUGGACGCCGACAACAGCGGCUUUAUAGAGGAAGAGGAGCUCAAAUUCGUCCUGAAGGGUUUUGCCAAAGAUGGCAGAGACCUGACAGACAAAGAAACCAAAGCGUUUUUAAAAGCGGCUGACAAGGACGGAGACGGCAAGAUUGGAAUUGAUGAAUUUGCUGCCCUCGUGAAGGAAUGAACAGCCGCCCAUCGCCGUGACGGAUCGCCUCCCGGCCCUCACCAUCCCGACUCCAUGCUCACCCCCUUCCCCACGCCUCACUGCAACCUGCCCCCCACCCCACAGACCGACCCAGGCCAGAACCCGCUUCAAGCGCUCCUUCCCUUUAACCUCAGCCUCACUGCUGUCUCCACAAAGUGAAACGCUGCAGUGAAGUCGGCUGUGCUACGCAGACCCUCCCCCUCCUCUUGUCCCACACCGCAGUUUAAUAAUUUAUCCUGUUUUUUAUACAAACUCUUCACGUUUCUGUUCAUGUAUAGAUACGAAACACUCCUGCAACUAAAGUUUGUA